UGAAAACAUUUCAAUUAAAUUAUUGAUUUUCAUAUUGGCUGAGCCCUGUACACAAAAGCCUAUCCUUUUGUGUAUCCUAUGGGCACGUGUGUAGUGGGGAAGGCAUAUACACAUUUGGGUCAUACUGAUCAGAGUUGAGCUUGAAAUCGAGAUGGUGAGCCAGGCAUCAUCAUAGAGGAGGUUUGGGUUCACCAGUGGCCGGUCUAUACUGUACAUACCACAGCUCUAGUCGUUGGAUGCUACCAAGGUAUGAGGACGGAGUGUCAUGUAUCUUCAGUGUAUGCAGCGGUUAUUGGCGUACACCAUUCUCAGUUUCACCAGCACCGUGGUUGCUACCAUCGGAAUGCCAAUAAGAGCGGAUACAACUAGUGAAGACUUCCUGCGUUCAUCAUCAUCAUCAGUGCUCAUCUACUCCCCAUCAUCAUUAUCAUCUUCAGCAUCCUCAUCGUAAGCCGAAUCCUCAUCUCAUCCAUCAGCCAUGUGGAGACAGACCAUUAGGACUAUUCACAGAUGCCGUUCUCUAUGAUGGAGCUAGUCACUAUAGUCAUUCAUAGCAUCUGCCAAGGACGACUACCUUGACGCUGAAAACACUACUUUACUAAACAAAAACACGCCGACCACUAGAGAAAAUAUGUCGGCAUCUCUAUGUACAUGACAUCCACAAGCUGCACGACUGGUUGAUGGAUUAGCAUUUUAGCCGGACUGCUUCAAACCAACACUGAAUAGCACCUCACUCACAUUACUACACAGGCUGACACCAUGGACUUUGUACGUCAAAAGUUGGGCUUCCGUAAGGCCAAAGCAAAAGAUAAAGAUCUACCUCCUCCGCUGACUCAAAAGAAAGAUAGUGUGCUUUCCCUUGGACCCGACGUGCUUCCUGAGUAUAAACUGCAGUCACCGCGCAUCCACAAGUGGACUAUCCUUCAUUACUCACCAUUCAAGGCAGUAUGGGACUGGAUUAUUCUACUCUUGGUUAUCUAUACAGCUAUUGUCACUCCUUACAAUGCAGCAUUCCUUCUCAACCACCCAGAUGAAGAGGCUAAACUCGACAAAGACCCAACAACUAGGAAUAUUGUGGGCGUGGAACGCUACAAAGAACCCUUAACGUUGAUUGACCUGAUGGUGGACGUCAUGUUUAUCAUUGACAUUCUCAUUAACUUUCGCACCACCUAUGUCAAUAAGAAUGACGAGGUGGUGUCAAAUCCAGGCAAGAUAGCCGUGCACUAUUUCAAAGGAUGGUUUCUGAUCGAUGCCGUGGCGGCCAUUCCAUUUGAUCUUUUGCUCUUCGGUGGUACGGAUCAGCAAUCUACAACCCUUAUUGGUCUUCUAAAAACGGCUCGCCUCCUACGAUUGGUCAGAGUCGCACGGAAACUAGACCGGUACUCGGAGUAUGGAGCCGCCUUACUUCUACUGCUUAUGUGCACAUUUGCUAUGAUUGCUCACUGGCUGGCCUGUAUAUGGUUUGCCAUUGGCCAGGCCGAGAAGGCUGCGGAUACCCAUCAUAAUAACAUUGGCUGGCUGGACGAUCUAGCCAAGAAAACGAACAUGCCCUAUAAUGAGACGUCGUUAGAAUCUAAGUAUAUUACGGCGUUGUAUUUUACGUUUAGCAGUCUUACUAGUGUGGGCUUCGGCAACGUCUCGCCGAACACUAACUCAGAGAAAAUCUUUUCAAUUUGCGUCAUGCUGAUUGGAUCUCUGAUGUACGCCAGCAUCUUCGGUAACGUCUCAGCAAUAAUCCAGAGGUUGUACUCAGGCACUGCUCGAUACCACACCCAGAUGAUGAGAGUCAAGGAGUUCAUCCGAUUCCAUCAGAUACCGAACCCGCUAAGGCAACGGUUGGAAGAGUACUUCCAGCAUGCCUGGUCAUACACCAAUGGAAUCGACAUGAACAUGGUUCUCAAGAGCUUCCCUGAGUGCCUGCAAGCUGACAUCUGCCUUCAUCUAAACCGUAACCUUCUCAAUAACUGCGCCGCUUUCAAAGGAGCCAGUCCAGGGUGUCUGAGAGCGUUCUCCAUGAAGUUCAAGACAACGCACGCCCCACCGGGCGACACGUUAAUACACAGAGGGGAUGUGCUGUCAGCGUUGUACUUCAUCUGCCGAGGUUCCAUUGAAAUUCUACGAGAUGACGUUGUCUUGGCAAUAUUAGGUAAAGAUGACGUUUUUGGUGAAAACUUCUGUGAAUAUGACUCGGUCGGUAAAUCCAAGUGUAACGUCCGAGCACUGACAUACUGCGACCUCCAUAAGAUCCUUAGAGAAGACUUACUGGAAAUUCUAGACAUGUAUCCUGAGUUUUACCAACAGUUCGCCAAGAAUCUUGAAAUUACUUUCAUACUUCGAGACGAUGACCUGGCGUUAAAACCUUUAGUUAAUGACACUGAACAUAAUUCAAGCGCUGAAGUGAAGUCAAUUCCAGGUAAACCAGUUCAAGACAAGAGCCGGAUGAGGAAGGGUCGCUACCAGAAGAAAGGAGCAGCCAAGGAUCCUGCCAGCUCAGUCUCUGUGGCUCAGAACCGACGUAAGAAGUUCUCUCAGACUCGCGGCGGCAGCUCGGCGACCCUGGACUCCAGCGAUGACGAGUGUGGGACAGGCAUCCUUGAGUUCUCACCAGAUAUGGCGGGUCGGGAUGUCACCCCGGCACCGGAGAUCGCUCUGCAGAUGGAAGACCACCAGAAGAGGACCAGCGUGGUUGGCGGGACCGGUGCAUUCAGCGCUAUUGCAGGUAGCUCCAGCGAGAAUGAAGUGUAUAGUAGCCACGGUGCCUUGUCUGGUGUUAACAGCAUAGUGCACGCUGUAACAGGCACACGGCGCUACACACCAGAAAACUCCACUCACAUGAAACGAAAAGCACGCCAUUACACAACGGUGAAUAGUGGGGCGAAACUGUCUCCAACAACAGCCCAACAGUCUGCCAACAUCUCUCAAUCUAUGCCCGAGGUAACAGGAAACCAGCCCGAUAUAUUAGUCGAGGACGUCAGUUCAUUUAUUCCGAGUGCUGACAUUGAACAUCGCCUGGACGACUUACAACAUCAGAUGACACGGUUAGAGUGUAAAGUCACUUCCGAUAUGGCCACCAUCUUAGAACUCCUGCGGAAACACUACAGUCACAGUCACUCCUCUGCCCCGGUGCCCUUGUUGAUGAACCGCCCUCGCCAGCAGCGCCCUACGCUGCCGAGGAUAUGGUCUGGUCCCCGAGCCCAAAGUCCAACAGCCACAGAGCCGUACAACCCAACCCGCACAGACUCUUCCUUACCCACCGGCAGGGCUGCGGCUGAGCUGGAUCGUAGUAACAGCAGUGCGGACAGAUCCCGACGUGGGAGUUAUCCCAAAGACAUGACCGGCACCGCAUCUUCGGAUACAUCCAAUGUACAAACUGAUGGGCCAAUGCCUCUGAGGAGGCGGCAUCCAGACACGCUCUUACUAUCCUCAAUGUCUGAUAUAUCAAUCGAUAGCCAGACUAGUUUACAUAUAGACGACCUGGAGACGCCGCCAUUUUUGCUAAAAGGCUCUUCUCUCUCCAGGACUUCAGAAAGUCCUUCGCCGUUGUCGUCUCCGUGGCAGAGUGCUGGAACACAAACAACUGAAUUCCCUACAGUUAGGACGUCCCCUGUCCUUGAUUCACCAUCGACACCAUCGUCAGUGCGCAACACUGAUGUCUAAAUCAAACGCACCAAACUUGAAUAUUCUUUCGGAUGUUGUGCUCAUGUUUUUGACCAGCUAUCAGGAAAGCUCAUUUGAAUAAAUGUGCUUAGGUAAUCGCGUCUGAAGGGCAAAAAAAAAGGGUCUGCUUUUUUUUCUUGGUUGGAAAAUAAACACUGGUUACUGCCAUGUUUGGCAAAGUGUCUUCCAUAUUCAAGCUUGUUUUAGUAAGUCAAAGGAGACGCAUUGCUGAAGACUUCUGCAGUGGCAAGAACUGCAACAUAAUGUUGCCUCGGAUAAGUAUGAAAAACUUCACAUCCGACGUUUAAGAGAUAUCUGCUAUACAGGUCGUCUUAGUAAGCUAUUAUUUGCAGUGACAAAUACAAGCUUGACUUGUGAAUAAGGGAAGGACAAACAACGAGGCCAUUGCCCUGUUUUUCAAAUGUUGCAGUGAAUUGGACAGACCCCUUGCAUAACGCGAAACACUACAUGGACGCUGAGCUCACGUACACAUCUUUACGCACAAAGAACAGCUAUCGACCAAUCAUUUGCCUCAUUUGACCCCAGUGAGGGUGC